AAGGAAACAAACUGGAUCAACAUGUCGUGGGUUUCUUGGAUGGAGUUUUGCGUAAUUAUGGAUCGUUCUAAGAAGUUUUCCCAAGUGUGGAAUAAUUUUGAUCUUGUGACGCCAAACGAGGUGAAGUGUCGGCUCUGCUCCACGGAGCUAUCUUACAUCAAUAAGAGCACUCCAUCAAUGCUGAGGCAUUAUAGAGCUCGGCAUGGCAAUGAAGAAUUGGCAGAUACUCGUGUGAGUACCCCAGUUCCUAACAAGCAAGCAGUGGAUGACGCAGUGGUCAAUAUGAUCAUCAAAGACUGUCAGCCACUCAGCUUUGUUGAAAAUGAGGGAUUCAGGCAGCUCCUGAAGCUUAUUAUACCCUCGUAUGCUCUACCAAGCAGGAAGGACUUGGUGAGCCAGAGAUAUGAGGAAGAGGAGAAAACAAAAAAGGACCUCCAGAGCGCCGUUGCUGUUACUUUAACAGCUGAUAUGUGGUGGUCUAAGAGGAGAAAUCGCCUCCAAAAACUCCAAAAACUUUUGUUCCUCAAUAAAAAUUCAUAA